AUGACUUCGCACUGGCCUUCCUUCUUCUCCCUGAACGGCUUUGCCAGGACAAAUGCCUUUGGGAAGCUGAUGAAGAAGGUAGAUCCUGGGUACAGAGCCCCUCUGUUGUGUUUUCCCCACCCAACAACACCCCCCAAAUGGCCAAGGAAAUAGAAUUGCUUCCCUCUGCUUUAGAGAGCCUUUGUGACAUCAGCAUUACUUCAGCAAUCUCUUUUCCUUGUCUCAGACCUAUUCACACAUCCAGCAACCAAUGUACACCAUUUUAAGGAAAGGGGUAAAGACCGCCAGGAAACAAAGGGCUUAAGAAUUAAUGCAGAGAUAGGACCAGCUGCCUACAAAGCAAAAGUGGGUGACAGUAGAGGACUUGAAGAAGCAAAGGCACGGUCUCCAGCAUGCAAGGCCUUCACAGCAUCAAGGCCAUAUCCUUCAGUACAGAUCAUCACUAUCUGGUGAGCAUCUUGCUAACAUGGCUGCAAGACUAGUUCCCUGGAUGUAUAUUGAUCUAGGACGCAACCAAGCAUUAAACUACACAGAGGGCUGUCAACUACAUUGAGCUCUGUCAUCAGAUGACUGAAAAAGAUCACUUUGUAGAACUGAAGAAAGCCAUUGUUAGUUACUCACCGCUGCAAGUUCAGUGAAGACAGAUGAAACAGUAUCUCACUGAGUACUGGCAUUCGACGUAGAGAGGGCUGACACGUACCUAGAAAAAGAGAAAUACAGCUGAGGUAGGAUACACAUUUCAGUGAGUCGUCUCCUGUUUGUUGAUCAACAUAUCUGGAUUAGAGAAAGUUGCAGAAUAUGGCAGUUGCUCUUAAAAAUCCAAAAGAAAAUUCCUGACUAGGGCUGUGAAUUCAGUUUAAGACAACAACAAAGCAGUUAGCCGAUUACUACUACUACUACUACUACUAAUAAUAAUAAUAUUAAAAUUUCUGUACCACCCUUCAUCUGAGGAUCUCACACAGUUUACAACAUAAAACACAAAAAUAUAUAGCAUACAGUGGUGCCUCGCAAGACGAAAUUAAUUCGUUCGGCGAAUUUUUUCGUCUAGCGAAUUUUUCGUCUUGCGAAGCACGAAAUCCCAUAGGAAUGCACUGAAAAUCAAUUAAUGCGUUCCUAUGGUCAAAAAAAAGUCCAAACAAAGCCAAAUUUGGUACAACAAGAGUUUAUUAAGUGCUCUUUAAAGUCACACAUACUGUAAAGAGCAUUUCAAAAUUCAAACCCAGAAAUUUUUUUAAAAAACAGCAGAGUUGCCCAAUGGUCACAGAAAAUCAUAAAAAUGCAGAAAAAAACAAGCUUCCAGAUUCUUGCAAACCCCUCCCCACCACCUUCCCCAGCCACCCAGCACACAGAAAUUCAAAUCCAGAAUUCUUUUUAAAAAACAGCAGAGUGGCCCAAUGGUCACAGAAAAUCAUAAAAAUGCAGAAAAAAACACACAAGCUUCCAGAUUCUUGCAAACCCCUCCCCAACUGUUCCCCCAGCCACCCAGCACACAGAAAUUCAAAUCCAGAAAUUUUUUAAAAAAACAGCAGAGUGGCCCAAUGGUCACAGAAAAUCAUAAAAAUGCAGAAAAAAACACACAAGCUUCCAGAUUCUUGCAAAUCCUUCCCCAACUGUUCCCCCAGCCACCCAGCCCACAGAAAUUCAAAUCCAGAAUUUUUUUAAAAAAACAGCAGAGUGCCCCAAUGGUCACAGAAAAUCAUAAAAAUGCAGAAAAAACACACAAGCUUCCAGAUUCUUGCAAACCCCUCCCCAACUGUUCCCCCAGCCACCCAGCACACAGAAAUUCAAAUCCAGAAAUUUUUUUAAAAAACAGCAGAGUGGCCCAAUGGUCACAGAAAAUCAUAAAAAUGCAGAAAAAGAACACACAAGCUUCCAGAUUCUUGCAAACCCCUCCCCAACACCAAGUCCUUGAAUUCCAAACACCCUAACCCAAAAUCCACCCCCCCCCCAAAAGUUUUAAAAGCUAAACUUACCAAAUGGCUGCAAAAUAAGUUUUGGAAAAGCUUCAAAAAUCACCAAAGUCUUUAAAAACCUCAAAAAAGGCUACUAUGUACACUGUGUUCUAUGAGUUGCUCCUCGAAGUCAAGUCGCAACUGUAUUAACGGUGUUAAGAAAAAGGAAACAAACUUGCAAGACGUUUUCGUCUUGCGAAGCAAGCCCAUAGGGGAAUUCGUCUUGCGAAGCAGCUCAAAAAACGGAAAACCCUUUCAUCUAGCGAGUUUUCCGUCUUGCGAGGCAUUCGUCUUGCGGGGCACCACUGUAGUAACAAACGGAAAUAAUACACCCCCUGCCCCAGAUUAAAAGGCCAUAGAUUUUUACUUUUUUUAAAAAAAGUCUUAUAUAAUACAAUUUCCACAGAGAAAAGAACAUACCAUUAAGUUUAUGGCAUCAUUUUACAUGGUGUUCCGAUCUGGCGCCUAAUGUUCUUUAGUUAAUGUAUUAUCUAAAACAAAUUACAGAUAUAGAUUUAGGGUUCUCUUAUAACUGCCUGCCAUGAGGCUGGGAUGCAGCAGUUUCAUGUAGGUGGAAAGAUGUAGCCUCUGUUGGGUGGGGUGUGUGUGUGUGUCAACAUUUCUACUCCUGACUAGUGAUGUUAAAUUCUUGAGAAUAAUCUUUUUCAAGACAGCAUCUUAAAAAGCAGAGACAUCACCUUGCCAACAAAGGUCUGUAUAGUUAAAGCUAUGGUUUUCCCAGUAGUGAUGUAUGGAAGUGAGAGCUGGACCAUAAAGAAGGCUGAUCGCUGAAGAAUUGAUGCUUUUGAAUUCUGGUGCUGGAGGAGACUCUUGAGAGUCCCAUGGACUGCAAGAAGAUCAAACCUAUCCAUUCUUAAGGAAAUCAGCCCUGAGUGCUCUCUGGAAGGACAGAUCCUGAAGCUGAGGCUCCAGUACUUUGGCCACCUGAUGAGAAGAGAAGACUCCCUGGAAAAGACCCUGAUGUUGGGAAAGAUGGAGGGCACAAGGAGAAGGGGACGGCAGAGGAUGAGAUGGUUGGACAGUGUUCUCGAAGCUACCAGCAUGAGUUUGACCAAACUGCGGGAGGCAGUGGAAGACAGGAGUGCCUGGCGUGCUCUGGUCCAUGGGGUCACGAAGAGUCGGACACGACUUAAUGACUAAACAACAAAAAAAAUCUUUUGGAGAAUAUUCUUGAGAAUAUUCUGACCCCACAUCACUAGGUGGGACUAGUGAUGUGAGGUGAGAAUAUUCUCCAAAAGAUUAUUCUCGAGAAUUUAACAUCACUACUCCUGACCCCAGGCUUUUUAAAAGACUCUGGGAGCCAAAUGUUCCAGAGGAGAGGGGAGCUUCAUUCCUAUUGCAUCAUGUGCCAAUUUCAUUUCCCUUCCUCAGCUGGGUGGAGAAAAUAAGCAUGCCUAUAAUCCUUUCCAUCUAUAUUUGACAUCAGAACCAGUAAAUUUAAUGUUUUAUGUCUCUGAAAUCAAAAGACUUUUUUUUUUUAAAACCUAUAUUGGAUAUGCUCACAAUGUAUGACACUGUUCAGUCUUCUCUGAAGCCUGUUGGGAUAAUUUAUGAGACAAGGAGGCUCUGCCGGGUGUGGGUGUAUGUAAGUUUUGGGUAUUACCUCCUCCUCCUGCUUGAAAUGUCUUUGCUUCUUUUUACAGCUCCAUUUUUCAAAGCACCAUAAAGACAUCGCAUAGAAACCAUGUUCGGCAGCAAUUUCCGUUUAGCAGUUUCCGCGGUGGCUCCCUGCUUGUGGUACGCUCUCCCCAAAGAUGCUUGCCCGGUGCCUUCAUUACAUGUCUCUAAGCGCCAGGCAAAAACAUUCCUCUUCUCCCAGGCCUUUGGCUAAUUAAAGAAUCCAUGGACUAUUAUUAUUAUUAUUAUUAUUAUUAUUAUUAUUAUUAUUUAUACCCGACCCAUCUGGCUGAGUUUCCUCAGCCACUCUGGGCAGCUCCCAAUCAAGUGUUAAAAACAAUACAGCAUUAAAUAUUUAAAAACUUCCCUAAACAGGGCUGCCUUCAGAUAAGAUAGCUGCUUAUUUCAUUGAUGUCUGACGGGAGGGCAUUCCACAGGGUGGGAGCCACUACCGAGAAGGCCCUCUGCCUGGUUCCCUGUAACCUCAUUUCUUGCAGUGAGAGAAGCGCCAGAAGGCCCUUGGCACUGGAUCUCAGUGUCCGGGCUGAACGAUGGGGGUGGAGACGCUACUUCAGGUAUACAGGACCGAGGCCCAAUAGGGCUUUAAAGGUCAGCACCAACACUUUGAAUUGUGCUCGGAAACGUACUGGGAGCCAAUGCAGAUCUCUCGGGACUAGUGUUAUGCGAUCCUGGCGGCCGCUCCCAGUCACCAGUCUAGCUGCCGCAUUGUGGAUUAAUUGCAGAUUCUGGGUCACCUUCAAAGGUAGCCCCACAUAGAGCGCAUUGCAGUAGUCCAAGUAGGAGAUAACUAGAGCAUCUCUGUAUGUGUGGUGAGGGCACAGGAAUUUUGUUAGGGGCCACCCAAAAAGUUGUUGAACUUUUUGGAGGAGAUGACGGGUAAAAACCUCCUGCAAAGAGGGCAUUAUGGAGGGCAGGCUUUUGUUAGGGGGCAGGCUUCUGCUGUGGGGGAACAGAACCUCAGUGAAUUGAGUAUUUUAAAUGCUUUUCAGUAAUUUUUGAGUGUUGGGGGGGGCAACUGCCCCCCUGUCGCCGCUUGGCCAUGCCCGUGUGUGAGGGGGUUACUGUUUUUGUUUGUUACUAUGCUACGUAUUUUGGUGUUUUUAUAUUGUAAACUGCUCUGUGAUCCUUGGAUGAAGGGAAGUAUAACAAUAACAAUAACAAUAACAAUAACAAUAACAAUACCAUUGCUGAAGUUGUUCCCACCAUGUGAGAGGCUCAGAGUAGUUGCUCCCUCUCUCUUCUUUAAGCCGGCACAUACUACAAGCAAAGCCUCACCAGAUCUGGGCUGUCAGAUAAGUAGGUUGGGUAAGUUGGGUAGGUUAGCCUCUACCCCCUUCCCCACCUCUUGCUAUGUCCGCUUACCUUAAAUGGUCAGCCAGCAUUGCGGCCUGGUCACGGGCCUAGUCAGCGAUCCAACAGCCGGCUCAGGAGCCCUGCCAGUUGACCUGCAAAUUGGCAUACAGCAGGCAGGUCUGGGUCUGGGGAUUCCCCAAUGGGGGUCAGGCCCCACCAGCCAACGGGCCUUGCUUGGGUCCUGCCCCUGGAGAAUAAAUUCAGGCAAGCCCAUCACUUCUCCUCUGGUUUUUUUGGUCACAGGGUGCAAUGGAGCAAUGACACUUUUCCUCCUGGCGCUGUUGGGCCCAUCCUCACUUCGAUACCGUGCACCCACCUCACAGAACACCACUUCCUCAAAUUCCCACAAACUACCUCAGAUUAUCUUGUGGGGGACUUGUGUGAGGGAAAACGUACUGUAUUUUUCGCUCUAUAAGAUGCACCAGGCCACAAGACGCACCUAGUUUUUGGAGGAGGAAAACAAGAAAAAAAAUAUUCUGAAACUCAGAAGCCAGAACAGCAAGAGGGAUCGCUGCGCAGUGAAAGCAGCAAUUCCUCUCGCUGUUCUGGCUUCUGGGAUAGCUGCACAGCCUGCAUUCGCUCCAUAAGACGCACACACAUUUCCCCUUACUUUUUAGGAGGGAAAAAGUGAGUCUUAUAGAGCAAAAAAUACGGUAAUAAUUUGGAGUCUCAGGCAGGAUUUGAUCAAAUAAACAAUAAAUAUUUUAUUUAACAAAGGAAUUUUAUGACAGGAGUGGGUAAAACAUAGGAUACUUCAGAUUAUAAUGUUAUUUCACUCCACUGCUUUCUCAUAUGUUGCACAGCUGUUGCUGCUUCAUACUUUGGUUCUUAAACCAGGUGGUACUUCUUGUCAGUUACACACCCCUCUUAGACAACCCUACUCCUGAGGUACUCCAGGUAACAGACCCAAGGGAUCACUGGUUUGGGAGUCUUCUCUUGUCAUAGAAGAAUCUCUCCCCUCCUGACUGGAAUGAGUCCUAAGUAGACUGUCUCUUCACAGCUUCUACUUCUCCUGGCUCAGCCUCAGCCUCCCAGUUAAUUCCUGGCCCAAUUACUCUUACAGGACACCACACACUGUCCUUCACACUAAGCUCAGAGACUCUUUUCUCUAGCUUGUGUUAUAGUCAUCAGAGUGGAUGUUUUUACCCAGAACCAACUCUCUCUCCUCUCAUUCCCUAUCUCCCGACCUAUCUCCCAACUAUUCUCCCAACCUACUCCAAACUGUCUCUUCAAAUCCUCUCCUUUUCAACUCCCCCUCCUGGAACCCCGGCCAGUCAGAGGCUGCCAUUCGUUAACCUUUUGCUGGUAGGGAAAAAGAAAAAGAAAACAAUUGGGGACCCAGCCUGCCCAGCAAAACAAACUCUUCCAUCACACAGGGACUUGGCACUCAACUAGUCUUUCUCAAAGCCUGUGUGGCACAUACUGAAAGGUGAAGCCUUGCUGUUUCUGGCCUACAGGAGUAAGACUGGCGAUUGUGACCUCAGGCUGAUCCUGGCUUGACUGAAGGGGGGGGAGAGAGUGGUCACUAUGAACUCAUUCAGUCUCUGUGACCUCAUGCUGAUGCUGCCUGCCUGAAGGUUAGGAGAGAGGCUGUGUCAAAAGAUGGUACAAUUUCAUAUUGGCUGCAGACACUCAUUCUCACAUGUAAGUUUCCCUUCCCUAUGCCAAAAUCGCCAAAAUCAAGAGAUCUCCCAUGGAAGUUGCUCACGUAGCCUUAGGAGUGCUCCACACAUAUUUGAGAACUGUUUAUGCCAACGGCAAAUGACCUCCAUCUGAAAUGUCAAAUUAUUAUAAUGAGACCUUCUCCGUAAACUUCCUAAGUGUUUCGUUAGUUGCCUUUGUUUUAAAAGGGAGGCAGUAAAAUCCACAGAUGUGGACUUUGAAGACCUGGUGAUCAGCCUUCUCCCGCCCCACCCCCUUGAUCUCAGAUGGUAAAAUCCACUAAUAAAUGUGAGCGGAUGGAAGGUCUAUUUGUUGUCCUGUCAAGUCAGGCCAUGCGGAACAAACCAAAAGGAGGGAAGGAGGGGGGGGGGGAGGAAGCCAAAAGCAACCAGGGAAGGAGCUAAUGAUGUGAGCUUGCCUCUGCUAAGAUGCACUUACAAAAAUUGCUGUGACAUUUAAGGAACCUAAUGAUGCGACAAUUCUUUUUAACUUUAUUGUUCUGUCCGAAUCAGGUUUUACAAGUGGAGAGCACAUUCCCAAGACAGCACUUGACUUACGCAGAUUUUCUGUACUUGCUGCGAUGCUUCUUUGUGCAGCAGAUAACUGCUUACCAGACAAGUCACAAUACGAGGCAAGUGUUGACAUUUCCCACAUGGUGGUGGAACGCCUGGUGCUCUCUGAGCAAUGGCGUUUGCAGUACACUGCUAUUAUCUCCUUUUGCCUGAUUUCCCUCUUCACUACUGAUUUUCUGCAGAAUGGAUAAGUAAUAAUAAUACAGUGGACUUUCGGGUUGCGAACGUGAUCGAUCCGUGCAGGAAGCAUGUUCACAACCUGCAGCGUUCGCAACCCGCAGCGCCGUGUGUGCGCACACACGGAUCACAAUUCGGCAUUUCUGUGCAUGCGCAAGCACCGAAACCCGGAAGUAACCAGUUCCGGUACUUCUGAGUUCAGCGCGAUGCGCAACCCGAAAUCACGCAACCCAAAGCAUCUGUAACCCGAGGUAUGACUGUAAUAAUAAUAAUAUAUUCUUUUUUUAUACCACCUUAUACCAGCAGGUCUCAGGGUGGUUCACGGGAUAAUCUUUGUGAAGCAUCUGAAGAGCACUGGGGGUGGGGUGGAGAUGCAGGUAGGGAGACCACCUUUAUUCUUUUUAGUGAAAAGAUUGUAUUUGCAUUGCAAAAAGAAUAAACUUCAGUAACUGAACUUCUCAAUACUUAACUGCUUUAUUGGUGUCCAUGACCAAGGUCUCAAGUCUACAGCAAAUAGAUGACAUAUCAAUCAGAAAAUGUACGUCUUAGUUAUAAUCUGUGCUCCACUCAUGUAUUUUGUUUUGCUGAUUUUAAUGGCCUAAGUGCAUAAAGUGUGCGACAGAACUGCAGACUUGGACCACAGGGGAAAGCAGAAUAAUGUUGAUCAACUAUGCUUGCGAUGGUGGCAUAAGAAGUUAUUCUCUAUGAAAUGUAGAAUUUAUUGUUGGAGUGGCACACAAAGGAUGAACAAGUUAGAUCUGUGAUGAUAGACUGGGCAAGAGAUGUUGGACACAAUAUAAUGUUGGAAGAUUGGGAAAGGUUGUGGAAGAAAGGGGUUAAGUUUACUGCUUGUACUGUAUUAAAAGAAAAUGAUGCAUAGAUGAUACUUAACCCCAGUAAAACCAGCAAAGAUUUAUCACACGAGUGAAAAUUUAUGCUGGAAUGUAAAGAAAAGGAAGGUACCUUUUAUCAUAUGUGGUGGACGUUGUUGAUUUAAAGCAGAGUCUGUCGUGCCCAGCGGAAGGAUGAGGAAAAUGUGUUACAUACUCUAUAUUGCUUUAUUUACAGUUCAAAGCUGGUAUAUUACAGAAAGACAUCUUGCCCUGCCGGAGCAGAAAAAUGCAUCCUCUCUCCUCUCUCAGCUCGGAGAGAAUCACAGUGAAAAACAGGAAACCAGUGUACGUCACAUCCAGUCUCCCUUUCCCGUGAGAAACUCCAACAGUACAGACUGUGGAAUGUAAACACCUGUCUUGUGACUGCAGUUGCUGCUCAGUGAAGGAAAUAGAAACCAACAUCCUCCCCUUUCUGUGAACAUCACUGGGCAGCGUGUUCGUACAAUAUCAGUACAAACCCAACUUCUGCACAUAGGUACAGUGUUGAUCCCUUGAUACAAUCUUGGACAAUACAUCAGCAGGAAUUUCAUUACCUGGCAUAUAGGACACCGUUACGAGUCCCUUCUGAAUACAUUCCCUAGCAUGCUGCAACUUUAAUUGCAAGUGCUUUGUGCUUUGCUUACAACCUUCAGACUUCAGCAAAGCCAAACAUGCUUUGUUGUCCUGGUAAACCUGGAUUGGACAUUUGACAGGAAUUUUCAUAUCUUUGCACAAUUGUACUAACCAUUCACAAUCCUUAAGUGAAUAAGACAGUGCAUUCAGUUCAGCUUCACAAGUACUUAAGCUAACUGUUGUUUGCUUCUUGCAUGACCAAUCAAACAGACUCUGAUUGUACAUGUAGCAAACUCCAGACGUACUUUUCCUGUCUGUAGCGUCACUUCCAAAACUUGCAUCUGCAAAUAUCUCAAGACCACCAGACUUCUGAUUGUUAAAUCUCAGUCUGUAAUGCAUAGUGCCUUUCAAAUACCGCGCUAUGCGUUUCAGAGCUUUCAAUCCUUGACACUAGGAUUGUUGACUUGUCUGCUUAGCAAAUUACAGCUAACAGCAAUGUCUGGUCUUGAACAUCUGGCAAUGAAGUUUAGCUUGCCUAGCACACUUCUGUACAGUGUAGUGUCAGAAAAUGCUUCUUCAGUGUCAUCUACCUGAUAACCUGUUGUCAUCGGUGUGUCUACAGGGUUAGCAUCCAUCAGAUUUAGUUUGCUUAACACAUCAGCAAUUUUCCGUGACUGGUGUACUAGAAUGUUACCAUCUUGAUCUCUCUCUAUUUCCAGAGAUAGGUAGUUGUUUACCUCACCAAGAUCUUUCAUGUCAAAGUGCUCUUUCAGUUGAGCUAGGGCGUUAUUGUACAUUGCGACAUCUUUCCAAAAGAAUAAUAAAUCAUCAACAUAAAACAAACAGUACAGUUUCUUUUGCCCCUCCUCUUUGACAAAUACACAUGGAUCAGCUUUCCCUUGCUGAAAACCUAGAGAAAACAAUACUUCAGUGAGUUUUGUGUGCCAACACCGUGCACUUUGUUUGAGACCAUAAAGGGAUUUCUUCAGAGCAUAAACAAAUCCCUGUUUUACCUGUACGCCAUCAGGUGGAAGCAUAUAAAGUGAUUCAUCUAGAGAUCCGUACAGAAAAGCUGUAUUAAUAUCAUGGUGACUAAUGUGUAGAUUUUCCUCUGCAGCUAGCUUGAGCAUAAGCCUAAUGCUUUCAUAUCUCACUGUGGGUGAAUAGGUCUCGUGAUAGUCUUCACCUGGUACCUGUGCAAAACCUCUGGCUACCAAUCUGGCUUUGUGUCUGACUAUCUUGCCAUUUUGAUCUGUCUUCGCUUUGAAGACCCAUUUGCUUCCAAGCAGUUUCAUUCCUGGAACUACUGGAACUAGCUCCCAUGUUUUGUUCCUUUCUAAGGAAUCAAGCUCAGCCUUCAUGGCAUUUAACCAUGGCUCAGCUUCCUUUGAAUCCAAACCCUGGAUUUCUUGGAAACUUGAAGGUUCAAAUACCUUCUUGGAGCUUUUAACAGCUGUUACUGCUAUCUUAGCAAACUCAUCAGCAAAUCUCUUUGGAGGUUUGCCUUUUGUGGCUCUCUGUGACCUACGAAUUAGCCUUAAGUCUUCAACACUCUCCUCUUCCUUCUUAGGAGAAAAACGACCUAUUGUGAACAAUGGUUCCUCCAAUUCUUGAUCAGAGCUUUCAGAGGGUCGCAUAGAGGCUUUCGCACUCUUGAAAUCCUCUGAAUCACCCGAUUCAGUUUCAGAUUCAGACUCAGAACCUUCAUCAGUGGGUGUGGGCUGUUGUGGUUGCUUUUGACUAUCCUCAGUCUCAUCACCGUCAUCAGGAUAACAUUGGAAAAUUCCCACAUUCUCCCCACUUUGCAUUGUACUCAACACUUCUCGUGAGCUUAAUUGUCUUAGAGUCAGUCAUCAUUAUUCUGUAAGACCCUUUCUGAUAACCUAGAAAGAUACCAUGCAAUCCACGCUUGUCUAACUUGGAGUUUUGUGGUGAGCGAACCCACAUGUCAGAACCAAAAUCUUCAUGUGUUUGAUGUAUGGCUUCUUGCCAAACAUCUUCUCAUAGGGGGUACAACCAAUCGCUGAAGAUAGCCUGCGAUUGUAACUGUAAACAAAACACGAGAGAGAUUCGGCCCAAUAACUCUCUGGAAGAUUGGCAUCAUGCAGCAAGGUUUUUAGACCUUGAAGCAAUGUCUGAUUUGCCCGUUCCGCAAGUCCAUUCUGCCAUGGCGAGCGAGGACUAGACAAAUCGUGUUGAAUUCCUUUCUCAGUCAGAAAAGCUUCAAACUGCUGAGAAGUGAAUUCCCCCCCGCGAUCACUGAAAAGAGUCUUUAUCUUCUUACCAUGCACAUUUUCCAACCAAGCACAGAAUUCCUUGAACCUAGGAAAAGCCUCCGACUUCUGCUUGAGAUUGUACACAAAAAUAUAUCUAGAAAAUGCAUCAAUGAGAACCAUGAAGUAUCUAUUUCCACCCAAAGAGGGCGAUAGUGGUCCAACCAAAUCAGCAUGAACAACCUGGUAUGGUUCUGUAGCUUUCCUACUAGACACCUUACCUUUCGCAGCCAUUUUCACCUUGUUUGCUGCGCAUGCUUUGCACUUCAUAUGGUACCUGCAGGGUUUAAUAGUCAUACCUUCAACCAAGGCAGGCAUUUUAGAUACUGCCUCAAAAUGCAAAUGACCAAAUUUGCGAUGAAAAUCGUGAAUACAUUCUGCAUGCAAACUUUUGUUAGAACCUGCAAUGCAACAAGUGUCAUCCUGCACCACAUCAUCAUAAUACAAAACAAACAAAUGAUCAACAUAUUCUGCAUGCAAUACAUAAUCAUUUUUCUUUGUGAUGAUGCACUUCUUGUUCUUGAAGGAAACGUCAAUGUUCCGCUCAUUCAGCUGUCCAACGCUGAGCAGAUUAUGUUUGGCGUCUGGCACGUAAAGCACAUUCUGUAUCGAUAAGUCCAAACUGUGAAGAACAACAGUUCCGUAGCCUUUACUGGGAAUAGUGUGGUCAUCCGCCUGGUGAAUCGCACCUUCCUGCGGUGUAAAAGACACAAACAGUUUCUUAUCGUUGCACAUGUGGUGGGUGGCCGCUGAAUCAAUAACGAAGAAAGAUCUAGACGUCUUCUGGACCUCUGCAACCUUUGGAGUGAAGCGUGAAACCAUAGCCUUGUGCUGCGUUGUCCUUGACACCGGACCUUUGCCUUUGCCUCGGCCUUUUCCGCGCGAUGAGCUUUCGCUGCGCUGCUCUGUCUUGGCCCUGGGAUGUCUGCAUUCCCUCUUCAUAUGGCCUAGACGUCCACGCGAGUGGCAUUUCACUGCCUUCAAGGCUUUGGCGCCAUCUGGUGGUUCCACUGCACUAUGGGAUGACGUCUGUGAAGACUCCCCUUUGCCCAUGCAGCUAGCACCCCGGCGAUCUGCUUCAUUUAAAAUCACGGCAGUAACAAAGUCCACUGUCAGCUGAGCAGUUGGUUGCACAGCAAUCUGGGUUGCAACAGACUCCCAACCUGAACCCAAAGAUUGUAGUAUCAUGAAAGAAUACACAGCCUCUGGAAAGUUGAGUCCUCUCUGUUGCAGCUCAUGUCUCAGAUUUUGCAUCUGCAUCAGAUGUAAACGCACAUCUCCACCUUCAGCAAGAGCCAUAUUAUGCAGCUUGUUAAAAUAAAACAUAGUUGAUCCAGCUUCUGUCCUUAAGUGAGCCUCUCUCAGAGCGUCCCAAAUUUCUCUGGCUGAGGUCUUAUCACGCAAUAGACAGAGCUCUUCUGGGGAUACUAUCAAUGUAAGAGUUCCACUUGCUUUGGAAUACUUAGCUUCCCAUGCAUCUGUACCUGGAACUGGGGGGGUUCCUGUAAUCACCUCAAACAAACCCUCUUUCCGCAGAAUUGCCUCUGCAUACUGAACCCAGUCGCUAUAAUUUUUCUUGUUGAGCUUAGGAAUCCUACAAGCAUCCUGAAGGGCCAUCAUGACUCUGGCAUUAGCCUUCAGCGUCAUAUGCUGCUUUAAAUCUUGCUGCGUCACUGCUGCAGCUGCCUUAUCCAAAGGCGCACUUAAAAGUUACUUUCGAUUUCCCCAGCAUAGUGACUUGUGCCUGGGAGCCUUUUGCCUAUUCCCGGCAAAACCGGCUUUAAAAGUUCAAAGUCCAGCCAUAAAGCCAUUAUCUUGAAGCUGGCAGGCUGCCCGGAGCAGUAGCACAUACCUCAUCAAUCACUUCUACGCGCAGAGCAGAUUCCUUUCCGAUCCGUCCUCCUGCAUUCCGAUCCUCUGCCGGCACUCCGAUUCGACUCCUGGAGUCCAUAACCACGUGUUGAUUUAAAGCAGAGUCUGUCGUGCCCAGCGGAAGGAUGAGGAAAAUGUGUUACAUACUCUAUAUUGCUUUAUUUACAGUUCAAAGCUGGUAUAUUACAGAAAGACAUCUUGCCCUGCCGGAGCAGAAAAAUGCAUCCUCUCUCCUCUCUCAGCUCGGAGAGAAUCACAGUGAAAAACAGGAAACCAGUGUACGUCACAUCCAGUCUCCCUUUCCCGUGAGAAACUCCAACAGUACAGACUGUCCCAAGGUGAAAGACUUCUGGGAAAAGAUUUAUAAUGAGUUGAAAAAAAUGUUGAAAUAUACAUUUAUUAAGAGACCAGAAGUCAUUUAACAAUGAUAAUUAAAUUGGGAUUUUAGCAGUUAGGAUAUAUGUUUGUUUGUCUUUUUUAUAUUGUAUUGUUUUUCUUUUAUGUUUGUUAUAAAUUUGGAAAAUUAAUAAAAAAUUCUGGGGGGGAAAGAAGUUAUUCUGGAGUACGGGGGGUGAGCUCUAAUUCAGUGUUGUACAAGCUAUAAUUAACACUUCUUUAAAAUUGCACGGAUAUGUGUAAAAUUAGAGGAGAGUCAGAGUCCCAUGGACUGCAAGAAGAUCAACCAUCUCAUCCUCUGUUGUCCCCUUCUCCUUGUGCCCUCCAUCUUUCCCAACAUCAGGGUCUUUUCCAGGGAGUCUUCUCUUCUCAUCAAGUGGCCAAAGUAUUGGAGCCUCAGCUUCAGGACCUGUCCUUCCAGUGAGCACUCAGGGCUGAUUUCCUUAAGAAUGGAUAAGUUUGAUCUUCUUGCAGUCCAUGGGACUCUCAAGAGUCUCCUCCAACAGCAUAAUUCAAAAGCAUCAAUUCUUCGGCGAUCAGCCUUCUUUAUGGCCCAACUCUCACUUCUAUACAUCACUACUUGGAAAACCAUAGCUUUAACUAUACGGACCUUUGUUGGCAAGGUGAUGUCUCUGCUUUUUAAGAUGCUGUCUAGGUUUGCCAUCACUUUUCUCCCAAGAAAAAUGGCAUAAUAGAAUCAACAAAUGAGAAGGCAGGGACAAACACAAAAGGGAACAUCUACUGGUAUGAAUAAUGGGACGCGGGUGGCGCUGUAGGUAAAAACCGCAGCGCCCAGGACUUGCCGAUCGCAUGGUCGGCGGUUCAAAUCCCCGCGGCGGGGUGCGCUCCCGUCGUUCAGUCCCAGUGCCUGCCAACCUAGCAAUUCGAAAGCACCCCCGGGUGCAAGUAGAUAAAUAGGGACCGCUUACCAGCGGGAAGGUAAACAGCAUUCCGUGUGCUGCGCUGGCUUGCCAGAUACAGCUUGUCACGCUGGCCACGUGACCCGGAAGUGUCUGUGGACAGCGCUGGCUCCCGGCCUAUAGAGUGAGAUGAGCACACAACCCUAGAGUCUGGCAAGACUGGCCCGUAUGGGCAGGUGUACCUUUACCUUUACCUUUACUGGUAUGAAUGGGGAAGAAUGACGUUUCUCCUUAUAUACAAAUUCAAAUAUAUGUAGGUGUGGACUACUUUGGCCUAAUUCAAAUGCAGGGCAAAUGGAAUAACAGAGAAAUAAUACUCUGAUGUGGACAGGACCAUAUAUAUGAUCAAUUAAUAUCCUAUAAGACAUGAGCAGACGGGACAACAAUAUGUUUAGAGAGUCAUUUGUAGCUUAAUGUUGUUAAAUGCCAAACUUAUUUGUAGCAUACAUAAUCUUUUCUUAGCCCAGUGACUCAAGCACAAUAAAUACUAAAUAAAUGAUCUCUUUCUUCAGUGACCUUUAUUCAUUUGGACCUUCAUCCAUGGGGUUUAUUCUCAUUUGGUACAUAUUAACAUUCACUAGGUCUGAGUCACGGUGCUAAGAAAAGAUGGUGUUUACUAUAAAUAAGUUUGGUCAUUUUAAACAUAAUUACAAAAGACACAUUUAAUUAAUAUAUUCCUGCCCAGUUAGUGGACAGGUGGGCAUUUUCCAAUCAUAGCUCUGCAAUGAUGAGAAAAGCCACAUCAAGCACAGUGGUACCUCAGGUUACGAACUUAAUUUGUUCCAGAGGUCCGUUCUUAACCUGAAACUGUUCUUAACCUGAAACUGUUCUUAACCUGAAGCACCACUUUAGCUAAUGGGGCCUCCUGCUGCCGCCGUGCCACCGCCACAUGAUUCUGUUCUCAUUCUGAAGCAAAGUUCUUAACCUGAAGUACUACUUCCGGGUUAGCGGAGUUUGUAACCCAAAGUGUUUGUAAUCUGAGGUGUUUGUAACCCGAUGUACCACUAUAUGGUAGGAUUUCCCCUUUCCCCCCCAACAGUUGACGUACAGGAGCACCUCAAAAUGUGGACCUUGUAGCAAAUGCUUACAUCCACAUUACUUCAGUCUCAUUGCUUGGCACCAUCUCACCACUUUCCCCUUGGCUACCCCUUCAUUUUCCAGCCACACAGACACAAUCUUGCUUUGGCUGAAAGACGGCACAUAAAGAUAACAGAACAAAACCAAUUCUCCACGCCAUUUCUGUUCCAAUCUGCAUAAGACAAUAAACAAAAUUACAAAAUAGAAAGUGCUUUGGUGCUUACAGGGCAGAAUACCGUAUAUAUAGCGACAUCCGAUAGGUACCCAAGAUUCCACCUUACAAACUUGAGGGCUGUUGAAAUAUGCAUCUCUGCACUAACAGAUGCACUUGUUGGAGAUGCAUCUGAAUCUUGUACAAUUAUUUGGUGGUCACUACUCAGUCCCAGUGCAAAGCAUUUUGUCUGGAAAAGCCCUGUAAAGGUAAAGGUACCCCUGCCCGUACGGGCCAGUCGUGUCCGACUCUGGGGUUGCGUGCUCAUCUCGCUCUAGAAGCUGUGAGCCGGCAUUGUCCGAAGACACUUCCGGGUCACGUGGCCAGCGUGGCGAAGCUGCAUCUGGCGAGCCAUCACCAGCGCAGCACACGGAAACGCCGUUUACCUUCCCGCUAUAAAGCGGUCCCUAUUUAUCUACUUGCACUUAAGAGUGCUUUCGAACUGCUAGGUGGGCAGGAGCUGGGACCGAACGAUGGGAGCUCACCCCGCCGCGGGGAUUCGAACCGCCGACCAUACGAUUGGCAAGUCCUAGGCACUGAGGUUUUACCCACAGCACCACCCGCGUCCCAGCCUUGGGACCCUACUUUCAGCCCUGAGCUGAAAGUAAAAUAAGAAUGGUUAACUUAUCACAUCCUCUUUAUAAAUCAGCAUCAUAGUGAACCAGAGAUCAAGUGGCUUAUCAUGAGAUGCAUCAUGCUGAACCAGCUAUUGCACCUUGACAGGUAAUGGUAAAGGACCCCUGGACGGUUAAGUCCAGUCAAAGACGACUAUGGGGUUGUGGCGCUCAUCUCGCUUUCAGGCCAAGGGAGCCUGCGUUUGUCCACAGACAGCUUUCUGGGUCAUGUGGCCAGCAUGACUAAACCGCUUCUGGUGCAACGGGAUACCGUGACGGAAACUAGAGCACACGAAAAUGCUGUUUACCUUCCCGCCACAGCGGUACCUAUUUAUCUACUUGCACUGGUGUGCUUUCGAACUGCUAGGUUGGCAGAAGUGCACCUUUAUAGUCCCAUCCCGAAAGUGAACUUUUAACAGAGCUGAACUGGAACCAGAGCAAAAUAUACAAUGGCUUGACUUCUUGGCAAAUGUUCAGAGCAAAGGUGAACAUUCAUACCACUGCAAUGUACAUUUGGUACUCUCACAAUAUUUUUGUGAAAAUCAAGCUCAUGCCAAACCAUUGCAUCUAAUUCUGUCUGCUUUUUCAUGACAGCACUGCUUGUGACAAGUCUCCCUUGAAUGUGAUUGGUUGGUGACCUACCAUUUUACCCCUUCAGAGCAAGAGGCUCUGAAAAGUAUGUGUACGUACAUGUACAAUGGUUUGUGCUUAUACUGUUUAUAAUUAAUCUACAAAUUUUGUAUGUGCAAUGCCUAACACCUACCAUCAAAUAAUUAGAAGCAGCAGGCCGCAGUGGGAAAUAUUUGAUGCACUUAAAUUUGGACCUAAACUUCCAAAUCCACUCCACUUCCCAGUGGGGAGGAGUUGCGGUGGACCGCGUGGCCACCCACUCCCCACCGGGGGCAAGGAACCUUGUCCCCCGUUGCCUGGGGGAUCCUGGCCACGUCAGAGCCUGGCCAGCCAAUCCACUGGCCGGGGGGCGUGGCCGGAGUCGUUUCAAUGGAGGAGCGAGCCAGAGGACUUCCUCUUUGGCUCGCUUCCUCAAUCACCCUCCCUAUUUUGCAGGUUAGGCAAUGGCCUUGCUAUGGACUUCGGUUGGUUGCCUUGGUUGUCUGAGGGGCCUGGUAGGAAUUUUUCCACUUGGCACUGGCCACUUGGUUUUUGCCUACCUUGUAGCAAUCGUCACAACUUUGUUAGGGUUGCGGUUAGGCAUUGUUUGACCUUGUGUGGGGGAAGGGGAGGUGUGCCCUUUCAUGCUUAAGGGUAUUCCAUUAAAGGAAUCCGGGGGUGUGGAUCUAGUCUGAAGCCCGGCUGGGGGCUAGGGCCUUGGCACGACGGAAACACCAGGGGGAUCUUGAGUUGGUUCACAUCGACAGGGCUCCCCCUACCAGUGGCAUACGCUUACUGGACUUCCUGCCCAAUGGGCAGUAGUCAGAUAUAGUCAGGUCCAAUCAAUGCCUAAGCCAAUACCGCUCACAUUCUGUAAUUUCAAUAAAGUUGUGGCCCAAAUUUGCCCAACAACAUAAACCUAAUAUCCGUGUCCUUGUGUGAGUUCUUUCCAAUGAGGGGGUGGCUGCGGGGUCUCGACAUGCAACAAAUGCUAAUGGUUUCGUUUCAGAUAUUCACAGCAAUCAACAGACGUGUGUUUGUGUUUUUUGUGGUACUAGACAUGCAGCUCUUAGGCACGAUAUCCUAGAUUUCAUUGACAAGCCCUUUCCCUUUUCAGUUCAGCAAAAGCAAGAACAUUUCACCUGCAUUGCUGGCAGAUAGCUUAUAGCUGUCACACAACUUCAGGCCAACCACUAGCUCAUUCAAGUAGUAUAAAACAGAGGUCUGAACAUCUGCUGGUAAACAUGCAGCCGACAAAAAAUGCAUCCCUGAGCCAGGCAUCUGCUGAGUGUGGGCUACUUUGCCGCUCAUAACCUAAGCAACGUUUUCUGUUAAUCAUUAGCAGAGUUAUUGAUUUUAGAUGUGUAUCACAGCACUAUAAUUUUGUCAGGGAGUAGACCACAUAAGUUGUUCUUUUCCUGGUUGUUUCAUUUUGUCUUAUUCCAAAAGUCCAUAAAUUGAUGACCGGGACAAAAAGUAUAAUUGACAUCAUCUGUGGCAAAUAUUUCAUAAAACAACAGGCCCAGAUGUAGGAUUAAAGCCAUGUGGUAGUAAAAUACCACACUCAAAAAAGAGAGACUCCAGGUUCCAUGGUUUUGUAUUUUGGGUUGUGUUUGGGCUUUUUGGUGGGCUUUUUUUAUUUUUACAAAAACAGAUGUGCUAUUCCACCAGUCUACUUCUCUCUCUCUCUCUCUCUCUCUCUCUGUCUGUCUCUCUCUCUCUCUCAUCCAAAUAAUGCCCCCCACACCCCAAUUUCACUGGAAGAGAUCAUGAAUUGGUUGCAGGUGGUGACUUAUAUUUCAAGAUUUUAACUCUCACAAUCUUUGAAAUGAAAAUAAAUGAAAGAUUUUCGGUAAGUAUACAGGACUCUCUUUUUUGAAAGGUAGUGAAGAUUAUACAAACAUGUCUGCUUGUUAUUUAUAUAGCACCUUCAGGCAUAUGACCACAUCUAUAGUGUGCUGCUUCCCUUCCUGGGAAGCUGUUCUCCUCUCUGAAUGGGGGUUGGAAUGGGUUACCAACCAUGUUUCACACACAAGGCCCCUUCCUUGCAAGCCACAAGAGUACUCAAGCCUUUGAACAUUCUGAAGCAGAAAAUGAUGCACAGAAGCACUGCAUUGUCAGAUGAACUCUCCCACCCCACCCCCACUGAACUAAGAGCAACAACCAACUUCUAUUUUUUUAUUGAUUUUCAACAUUUAUCACAAAAAUAACGUAACAAAACAUACAACAAAGAAAAAACACAUUAAAACAAUAAACUAAACACAAAGAAAAAUUAUUUCUUCAAAUACCUAACUCUCAUUACAUUGAUAACUGACUUCCUCAAAUCCCCUCUAACUGAAUUUCAUUAUAUCACCUAUAUAACAGUUCUCCAAAUUCAUAUUUCUAAUUAUAUUGAUUCUUUUCAUUUACUAACCUCUUCUCCUUUAUUAAGAUUUUAAUCCUUAAUAUUUACUACCACGUAUUCUUAUUCUACCCCUAAGCCUAUUUAUUACUUCCAAGAAUUUUCCAUUUAUCUUAUAUCACAAUAUUUAGCUAAAUAUUCUUUAAAUUUCUUGCAAUCCUCUUGUAUCUCCUCUUCUUUCUGGUCGCGGAUUCUUCCAGUCAGGUCUGCCAGCUCCAAAAAGUUCAACAUCUUCAUCUGCCAUUCUUCUAUUGUUGGUAUUUCUUGCGAUUUCCAGUUUUUAGCUAAUAAAAGUCUUGCCGCUGUAGUGGCAGACAAAAAACAGUCUAACAUCUUUUUUGGGCAAUUCCAAUCCUAGUAUUCCAAGUAGAAAGGCUUCUGGUUUCUUAAUAAAAGUAUAUUUCAACAUUUUUUCCAACUCAUUAUAAAUCUUUUCCCAGAAGUCUUUCGCCUUGGGACACAUCCACCACAUAUGAAUAAAAGUACCUUCUUUUUCUUUGCAUUUCCAACAUUUGUAUGCUAGAUGUUUGCUAAUUUCACCAGGUUUAAGUACCAUCUAUACAUCAUUUGCAUAAUGUUUUCUUUUAAUACAGUACAUGCAGUAAACUUAACCGCUUUCUUCCACAGCCUUUCCCAAUCUAACAACCAACUUCUAGUCAACUCUCAGGAAAAUCCGCUUACCCUUACAGUGGUACCUCGCAAGACGAAUGCCUCGCAAGACGGAAAACUCGCAAAACGAAAGGGUUUUUGGUUUUUUGAGUUGCUUCGCAAGACGAUUUUCCCUAUGGGCUUGCUUCACAAGACGGAAACGUCUUGCAAGUUUGUUUCCUUUUUCUUAAAACAAUACGGUUGCGACUUGACAUCGAGGAGCAACUCAUAGCACGCGGUGUGGUAGCCUUUUUUGAGGGUUUUGAAGACUUUGGUGAUUUUUGAAGCUUUUCCAAAACUUUUCCGACACCGUGCUUCGCAAGACGAAAGAAACCACAAGACGAAAAAACUCGCGGAACGAAUUAAUUUCGUCUUGCGAGGAACGAAUUAAUUUCGUCUUGCGAGGCACCACUGUAGAGUGGUGCCUCGCAAGACGAAAUUAAUCCGUUCCGCGAGUGUCUUCGUCUAGCGGUUUUUUCGUCUUGCAAAGCAACCCUAUUAGCGGAUUAGCGGAUUAGCGCUAUUAGUGGUUUAGCGGCUAUUAAAGGCUUAGCGGCUUAGCGGCUUAGCUGCUAAAAGGCUAUUAGCAGUUUAGCGGCUUAGAAAAGGGGGGGGAGCGAAAAGAAAAUCUCAAGACUCACAAGACAUUUUCGUCUUGCGAAGCAAGCCCAUAGGGAAAUUCGUCCUGCGAAGCAACUCAAAAACGGAAAACCCUUUCGUCUAGCGGGUUUUCCGUCUUGCGAGGCAUUCGUCUUGCGGGGCACCACUGUAUAUGAUUCUGCAGCAUUGUGGGUCAGAGACACAUCCCCCACCAGAUUCCAGUGCAGCCUGUGGACUCUGGGGCUACCCAACCACCAAGGAGCCUUAAGGCUCACCUCGCCAGCUGGGAACUGGAUCCAAGCCUGCCUGCAGAUUGGCCAAUGGCAGGUAGGCUUGGAGGCAGAGCUAGCUUUUGUGGCAGGCCUGACCAAUCAUAUAGGCUUCCCUCAGAUCCACUCCUGGGGCAUUUAAGGCAGCCUGGCCUGGCUCCAGUGUUCAGUUCUUCAUCCGAUCACUAUAUGAAAGUUGUCACCAGGGAAUCAGUUGACUGUGGAGACCAAUAGGGCAGAGGGAAGGAGGUGCUUCCAUAAUCUGCAGUGCCCAAGCUAUGUAGGCAGUGCCAGAUUUACGCAUAAGUUAAAUAAGCUAUAGCUUAGGGCCCCACUCUCUUGGGGGCCCAAAAAAAAUUUAAAGGAAAAAACCUGGAUGUACAUUUCCAAAAUAUAAGAUAAAUAAAUAAAAUAAAACCUACAUACAAGAGUGCUUUGUGUUGUGUAGGCUCCUAUGAUGUAAGUAAUAGGCCUAGCCUGCUCCCUAAAAUAUCACUGGUUUGCUCAUUUCUGUAUAUAAGGUGCCUACAUUCUGCAUGGACUGGCUGCAUGGCAACAUGGGCAAAUGGCUUCAGAUACCUAUUAGGUCCAUAAAUUACCAUAUCGCAUAUAUUCAACACAUAAAACAGAGGCAAUUCCUAGAAUCAUAGAAUCAUAGAGUUGGAAGAGUCCACAAGGGCCAUCGAGUCCAACCCCCUGCCAAGCAGGAAACACCAUCAGAGCACUCCUGACAUAUGGUUGUCAAGCCUCUGCUUAAAGACCUCCAAAGAAGGAGACUCCACCACACUCCUUGGCAGCAAAUUCCACUGUCGAACAGCUCUUACUGUCAGGAAGUUCUUCCUAAUGUUUAGGUGGAAUCUUCUUUCUUGUAGUUUGGAUCCAUUGCUCCGUGUCCGCUUCUCUGGAGCAGCAGAAAACAACCUUUCUCCCUCCUCUAUGUGACAUCCUUUUAUAUAUUUGAACAUGGCUAUCAUAUCACCCCUUAACCUCCUCUUCUCCAGGCUAAACAUGCCCAGCUCUCUUAGCCGUUCCUCAUAAGGCAUCGUUUCCAGGCCUUUGACCAUUUUGGUUGCCCUCCUCUGGACACGUUCCAGUUUGUCAGUGUCCUUCUUGAACUGUGGUGCCCAGAACUGGACACAGUACUCCAGGUGAGGUCUGACCAGAGCAGAAUACAGUGGCACUAUUACUUCCCUUGAUCUAGAUGCUAUACUCCUAUUGAUGCAGCCCAGAAUUGCAUUGGCUUUUUUAGCUGCCGCGUCACACUGUUGGCUCAUGUCAAGUUUGUGGUCAACUUGUGGACUCCUAGAUCUUUUUCACAUGUACUGCUCUCAAGCCAGGUGUCCCCCAUCUUGUAUUUGUGCCUCUCAUUUUUUUUGCCCAAGUGCAAUACUUUACAUUUCUCCCUGUUAAAAUUCAUCUUGUUUGUUUUUGCCCAGUUCUCUCAUCUGUCAAGGUCGUUUUGAAGUGUGAUCCUGUCCUCUGGGGUGUUAGCCACCCCUCCCAAUUUGGUGUCAUCUGCAAAUUUGAUCAGGAUGCCCUUGAGUCCAUCAUCCUUGUUGACAAAGGACAGCUGGACAUAUAAAGGGCCCCAUUACCUUCAGUAGCUUUGGGCCUCAUCAAACCUAAAUUCGGCCCUGUAUGUAGGGAUUUAUAGCCUGAAACCAACUCUUCCAGAAUGUCCUGGGAUACUUGCCCUGUGACCCACAGUUUCUCAAACACAUUAUUGGGGAGCAGUGUGUUAAUAAUUCGGCAAAAUGAUGAUAAACAACUAGGGACAAGGAAGAGACCUUAGUGUUCAAUUUUAUUGUAGAAUAAGUCCCAGUGAGAUAGGGCUGCCAUAAGUCUGGAUUUUCCUGGACAUUGUCGGAAUUUCAAAAGUGGAAUUGAUGUCGCAGGUGGGGUGGGGUGUUUCUGAAAGGCAGCGCUUUGUCCUGGGUCUUAGUCAAGUUUUUUUGGGGGGGUGCUAUUUUACAUAAGAAAAGCUCAACAGCUUUGGGGUUUGUCUCAAAAAAAGCUCAACAAUUUUGGGGGGUUCAUUUAAAAAGCUCAACUUCUGGGAUUUUACUUUUUGGAAUAUAGCAACCCUACACAGAGGAUCAAGAUACGUUGUUCGACCCCCAGCUCCCAUCAUCCCUGAUCAUUGUCCAUGCUGGUUGAGAUUAAAGGAAGCUGGGGUCCAGAAAUAUAUGGAGGACCAUGGGAGGGCCUCAUCCUGGAUGUAUAGGACUGGACUAUGAAUUGCCUAAUGCCUUCAGCUUCUCUUAGCAUUUGUAUAUACAGUGGUACCUCUAGCUGCAGACUUAAUCUGUUUCAGGGCGCCAUUCAUACCCUGAAAAGUCCACAACUAGAGUGCCUCUUCCACACCUGUGUACGGCGUGAUCAAGCGCUUAUGCGGAUGUGCAAAGCGUGCAGAUUGCUUCUGCGCAUGUGUGCGUAGCGAACCCAGAAGUAAACACUUCCGGGUUUGCUGCAUUCGUAAGCUGAACGUCCGUAACAAGAGCGGAAUGCAACUAAAGAUACCACUGUACCGUAUUUUUUUUGUCUAUAAGACACCCCCAUGUAUAAGACUAUUUUGGGGGACUCAGAUUUAAGAAAAUGGGGGAAGAUGUAUCCGUGAAUAAGACGCCCACUAAUUUUUGACAUUAUUUUUUAGGAGGAAAAACCUAGUCUUAUACACGGAAAAAUACGGGAUUCAUUGGAAAGAGAAAUGAUUUUUAGAUAAUGCCUCAAUGAUUACAGUACCCAAAACCCUAUAUAGGCAUGCUGCUCAAUUCAUCAUUUUAAGAUAUUUGUAGCCAUCUGCAAUUUUUUAACUCUCAGAAAUGGCAAUUUGCACUGCACAAGUACAACAGGGCUGCAUCAGUGAAGAGUAAACAUUUGCUGUGGUGCAGUACAAAUACUUCUGAGUGGCGUGCAGUCUAAAUUUAGGAAGUACCACACUAAAGUCAAUACCACAAUAUAGUGUCUGUUUGCUUUUUCAUGGGGCCCGCUAUAUUAAAUGUCAAAGGGGCAAAAAGUGAUACAACGCAGGAUAACACAGGCUUUCGUUGCCCUCAAAGAAGCCAAGCCCCCUCCCGAAUAAGCUGGAAGUUGCAUUCAUUUCAGAGAAGUUUCCAUUCUUCAGGGCAGAAAGCAUAACUUGGGCUAUCGCAAAGCAAGCCCUUAAUAUAAUAAUAAAAUUCUGAACGCAAGUCAGGCCAAAAGCUAUACAUUAGGUGACCUAGUUGGGUUUCCAAACCCCAGGCACUGCUCCUUGGCUCAAAUGUGUUGGUGAGGGGUUAUUUACAGGGGGGAAGUGGCAAGAAGGAAGGGGGUGGUUUUUGCUGACUUUCCACCGUUCCCCAGUUCGUCUUCCAAAUACUCAUCUAGAACCCUGUCUGGUGGUGUUUUUCUUUUUUUAAAAAAACCACACACCAUAAGAUGCUGAACUAUACUCGGAGUCGAGUGUGGAUUGCAUGCUCUUUAUUCAGCUCAUAGUAGUGAGGAAUGGAAGUUCCCCCGAGAUGUCUGCUUUAUAUACAUUAUUUACACAAUGGGCCCCACGUGACUGGCUAGUUCCGGGACUCUCCUGUAGGCCAAUCAGGUUGCAGAUUCACUUCCACCUGCAGUUGGAUUGGGUGGCUCCUGUGGACCAAUCAGACAGCUGCAUUCAGGAUCCUAUUGCUCUAGGACCAACCAGACUGCUGCAAUUUGGAUCCUAUUCAACUCAGUACAUAACACCCAUCAAUACUUUGUUUUCUGCUAUAGUAAAUACUGCCCUAGCGAUUGUUUUCAACAUUUGGCCAGCACCAUUUGGCCAGCUGAUCUAUGGAACCAAGUAAAAAAGAAGUAACAGGUAGAAAGAUUGCAGCCUGUGGAAAACCAAUUAACCUUAGGCUUUUCCAGACUAAGCCAAGAUCUUCAUAGCUAUUUCUUGCACAUUUCAUACUAUCUAAAUGGUAGCUCUUCCAGGAUUCACUGGUUAUGUUUCAGCUUUCACUGACUCUUAUCAACAUAUCUUUUCCACAAACAUUUAAGAGGAUGCUGUUGUCAUUUCCCCAAGCGUAUUAUUCUGCAGGACUACUUGAAUUACCGUAUUUUUCGCUCAAUAAGACGCACCAGACCACAAGACGCACCUAGUUUUUGGAGGAGGAAAACAAGAAGAAAAAAAUCUGAAUCUCAGAAGCCAGAACAGCAAGAGGGAUCACUGAGCAGUGAAAGCAGCAAUCCCUCUUGCUGUUCUGGCUUCUGGGAUAGCUGUGCAGCCUGCAUUUGCUCCAUAAGACGCACACACAUUUCCCCUUACUUUUUAGGAGGGAAAAAGUGGGUCUUGUAGAGCAAAAAAUACGGUAUUUUAUUUUUUUGAAAAUUUGGGAUUAUUAUUAUUUAGUUGCCCAUGAAAGUUAGCAAACAUUGUCUUAACCGCCAUAGGCGGAACAAUCUUGUGCCUUUGGGCUAGAUGAUUUAUUUGCUUGCUUGCUUAUUGAUUGAUUGAUUGAUUGAUUGAUUGAAUUUAUAUACCGCCCUAUAGCCAGAGGUCUCAGGGUGGUUCACAGAACAAAAUCAAAAUACAGUGGUACCUCGGGUUAUAGAUGCUUCAGGUUACAGACUCCGCUAACCCAGAAAUAGUACCUCGGGUUAAGAACUUUGCUUCAGGAUGAGAACAGAAAUCAUGCUCUGGCAGCGCGGCAGCAGCGGGAGGCCCCAUUAGCUAAAGUGGUGCUUCAGGUUAAGAACAGUUUCAGUUUAAGAACGGACCUCCAGAACGAAUUAAGUACUUAACCCGAGGUACCGCUGUAUAUGACCACAAUAUAUAUAAUCAAAAUAAAAACAACAACCCAAUAACACCCCCCUCAAAAGAACCACAUUUUAAAAGGGCAUAGGAUGGUAUUUGUAGAGAAAGGGACCUGUCAGAAACAUGAAAGUAUGAUUAAGCAAAGCCUCACAUUAUUUCCCCUUUAUUUUAAUUCCCACAUCAACUAGAGGUACCCAGCGAGCUAACCAGAACUAUUAGCUUCUGGCUAUUUAAACCCCACCUAUCACAUAACAAGAAUUUUAAAAUGAUGUUAAGUGCCUGACCUCUUUGCUUGUGGGUUAAAAAGCCUGGCUGGGUUACUGCCCUAAGACUCAUUAAUUGCAUGUCUACUUGACAGAAGACAAGAAAAAUCUGGCAUGGCCUAUCGCUGCUGCUUGUUAAAAUAGGAUGUAGAUGAGAUCACAUUCUUCCCUGAAGACAUUUUCUUAGGGCAUAUUCAGGGGGCAUCAUUAAGUAAACAGUUACAGAGUUGCAUUCUCAGCAUUAUUAGUCUCACCAGUGCCCACUGCGCAGUGACCUGGGAUAUCGCCUUCUCUGUGAUGUUGCCCAAUUUGUGCAUUCCCCUGGAGAUAAUUCAGUAGCCCUCAUUCCUGAGUUUUUGCAGACAGUGUAAGACCAUUUUAUUUCCCCAGGCUUUUGGGAUAAUAAUAGUAGUAGUAGUAGUAGUAAUAAUAAUAAUAAUAAUAAUAAUAAUUUAUUUAUACCCCGCCCAUCUGGCUGAGUUUCCCCAGCCACUCUGGGCGGCUCCCAAUCAAGUGUUAAAAACAGUACAGCAUUAAAUAUUAAAAACUUCCCUGAACAGGACUGCCUUCAGAUGUCUUUUAAAGACAGGAUAGAUGCUUAUUUCCUUCACAUCUGAAGGGAGGGCAUUCCAUAGGGUGGGCGCCACUACCGAGAAGGCCCUCUGUCUGGUUCCCUGUAACCUCAUUUCUUGCAAUGAGGGAACCGCCAGAAGGCCCUUGGCGCUGGAUCUCAGUGUCUGGGCUGAACGAUGGGGAUGGAGACGCUCCUUCAGGUAUACAGGAUCGAGGCCAUUUAGGGCUUUAAAGGUCAGCACCAACACUUUAAAUUGUGCUUGGAAGCAUACUGGAAGCCAAUGCAGAUCUCUCAGGACCGGUGUUAUAUGGUCCAGGCGGCCACUCCCAGUCACCAGUCUAGCUGCCGCAUUCUGGAUUAAUUGCAGUUUCCGGGUCACCUUCAAAGGUAGCCCUACGUAGAGUGCAUUGCAGUAGUCCAAGCGGGAGAUAACUAGAGCAUGCACCACUCGGGCGAGACAGUCUGCUGGCAGGUAGUGUCUUAGCCUGCGUACCAGGUGGAGCUGGUAGACAGCCGCCCUGGACACAGAAUUAACCUGCACCUCCAUGGACAGCUGUGAGUCCCAGGCUGCGCACCUGGUCCUUCAGGGGCACAGUUACCCCAUUCAGGACCAGGGAGUCCUCCACACCCGCCCGCCUCCUGUCCCCCCAAAACAGUACUUCUGUCUUGUCAGGAUUCAACCUCAAUUGGUUAGCCGCCAUCCAUCCUCCAACCACCUCCAGGCACUCAUACAGGACCUUCACCGCCUUCGCUGGUUCUGAUUUAAAGGAGAGGUAGAGCUGGGUGUCAUCGGCAUACUGAUGAACGUGAAUACUGAUGAUAUGCUAAACUUUCUGCUCGCCAUCUGCACUGGCUUCCGUGUUGUUGUUGUAUUGAUAUUCAGUUUUCAAAUCAAUGGUUGAAACCAUUGUUGCCUAUAAAAAUUCCAUCCACCACCUUGAUUCAAAAUGCUGCCUAAUCAUACUCAAGCGUAGAUGGAAACCUGCUCUUUGACAUCAGAAACCAUCAUGCAAAAUUUGGCUAUGGCCAAAUGCAUAGAGAAAAGUCAAAGAAAUAGCAUAUGUGACAAAUGGUUGAAUGAUUUGUCUACCAUAUCUUUUUAUCUGUUAGGCAGGACAGUUUAUUUGGUUACAGGUGCUUAGAACAGGCAUAGGCAAACUCGGCCCUCCAGAUGUUUUGAGACUACAAUUCCCAUCAUCCCUGACCACUGGUCCUGCUAGCUAGGGAUCAUGGGAGUUGUAGGCCAAAAACAUCUGGAGGGCCGAGUUUGAAUAUGCCUGGCUUAGAACAAACCCCGGAGGGAGAGCUACCACUUUAAAUCAGGGGUCAGCAAACCUUUUCAGCAGAGGGCCGGUCCACUGUCCCUCAGACCUUGGGGGGGGGGCGGAAUAUAUUUUUUGGGGAAAAAUGAACGAAUUCCUAUGCCCCACAAAUAACCCAGAGAUGCAUUUUAAAUAAAAGGAUACAUUCUACUCAUGUAAAAACACGCUGAUUCCCGGACCGUCCGCGGGCAGGAUUUAGAAGGCGAUUGGGCUGGAUCCGGCCUUUGGGCCUUAGUUUGCCUAUCCAUGCCUUAAAUGCUCUGUGAGCUUACAGAGGAAUCUGGUUAGCCACUCUUAUAAGAGUUGUACCUUGGUCAGAUCAAGAAAGAUUUGUGUACUUGGACAUAUCUAGUAUCUAAGGAAACACAGGCGUGAUAUUUCUCAUGCUGAAUAAUUGCCUGUCCAACAUGUAUUGUCCCUAAAUAGUGACCAGUCCAUGAUUAAUAUCCACCAUGCUUUUGUGAAUAUAUAUAUAAUUAAUAUGCCACCCAUCUGACUGGGUUACCCCAGCCACCCUGGGCGGCUCCCAACAAAAUAUUAAAAACACAAUAAAAAACAUCAACCAUUAAAAACUUCCCUGUACAGGGCUGCCUUCUGAUGUCUUCUAAAAGGGCCAAAACAAACAAGAUGAAUUUUAACAGGGAGAAAUGUAAAGUAUUGCACUUGGGCAAAAAAAAUGAGAGGCACAAAUACAAGAUGGGGGACACCUGGCUUGAGAGCAGUACAUGUGAAAAGGAUCUAGGAGUCUUGGUUGACCACAAACUUGACAUGAGCCAACAGUGUGACGCGGCAGCUAAAAAGCCAAUGCAAUUCUGGGCUGCAUCAAUAGGAGUAUAGCAUCUAGAUCAAGGGAAGUAAUAGUGCCACUGUAUUCUGCUCUGGUCAGACCUCACCUGGAGUACUGUGUCCAGUUCUGGGCACCACAGUUCAAGAAGGACACUGACAAACUGGAACGUGUCCAGAGGAGGGCAACCAAAAUGGUCAAAGGCCUGGAAACGAUGCCUUAUGAGGAACGGCUAAGGGAGCUGGGCAUGUUUAGCCUGGAGAAGAGGAGGUUAAGGGGUGAUAUGAUAGCCAUGUUCAAAUAUAUAAAAGGAUGUCACAUAGAGGAGGGAGAAAGGUUGUUUUCUGCUGCUCCAGAGAAGCGGACACGGAGCAAUGGAUCCAAACUACAAGAAAGAAGAUUCCACCUAAACAUUAGGAAGAACUUCCUGACAGUAAGAGCUGUUCGACAGUGGAAUUUGCUGCCAAGGAGUGUGGUGGAGUCUCCUUCUUUGGAGGUCUUUAAGCAGAGGCUUGACAACCAUAUGUCAGGAGUGCUCUGAUGGUGUUUCCUGCUUGGCAGGGGGUUGGACUCGAUGGCCCUUGUGGUCUCUUCCAACUCUAUGAUUCUAUGAUUCUAUGAAAAGUCAUGUACAGUAGUUCUUUAUCUCCUUGACAUCUGAUAAGAGGGCGUUCUACAGGGUGGGAGCCACUACUGAGAAGGCCCUCUGCCUGGUUCCCUGUAACCUUGCUUCUCACAGUGAGGGAACUGUCAGAAGGCCCUCAGAGCUGGACCUCAGUUUUUGGGCUGGAUACAAGUAGGAAUUGAGAAGAAUGAAGAGAGGCAGCUCUGUAAAUCUCUCCCCACUUCCUCAAACAAUCAGGUAGAAUCACUACUGAGGGAGCUACACUAUUUUUUUCUGUUUUAAGUUGGAUAAAUGCAACAAAAUGCCUCCUUCUGAUUCUGUUGGUGACAACUAUUCUGCAAUAACACAUUUAUGUUUUCUACUGUAUGCUAUCUUUAGUGACAAUUAUGUCCUAUUUGCUUGUAUAGCACUUCUGUCAUUGGGUUUACCUGAAAUGUCAUAAAGGGGAGGCGUAAAAUUUAGACUUGAAAACAAUCUGAAGGUAGGGGAUGCUUGAAGAAUUUUAUUCCUCUGAAUUCCAAUGGGGACUUGCCUGUUCCACAUACCCUAGAAUAUUCUUUGAAUCGGAACAAAGUCUAUUGUUAUAUUUUGCACUUCUCUGAAUGUUGCAAUGUUCUUUGCUCUUAAAAACGUUUUUAAAUGUGUGUUUAAAAAUAAAAUACACUGAGAAUUUCAUUUUUUGAGAGAAAAUUCACACAGAAAUGUGACUGGAUAGGAAAUACGUUCAGGGUGAUCUAAAUGUGAUUUUUUAAAUUCACAGAUGUAAAUUCACAGUACAGAAUGAACUUCUGAGCAAACUCAUACAAAGUGGCAUAGACCAGGUUAUCAUCAGCUAUUAGGACUGGCCUCGUGGACCAUGCAGACAAUAAUUAAGACAGACAGCUCAGUCAGCAGAACAUGGGUCAUGGGUUCAAAUCCUACACUGCGUGAAAGAUUCCUGCAUUGCGGGGGGUUGGACUAGACGACUCUUGGGGUCCCUUCCAACUCUACAAUUCUCUGGUUCCAUUGAUGCUGUGAUUCUACCAUCACAACUACUGUUCAAGAUGAUGGUUUACUAUUUCACAGAUCUUCAAUUAUAUAUACUCUGGCCAUGGUGCUGAAUACUACAAAAGAGGGAAGGAUCACAUACUUACAAUUAGCCAGUACAUUUAGGGGCAGGCUACAAUGUUACCUUGGGUUACAGACGCUUCAUGUUACAUACGCUUCAGGUUACAGAC